AACCUCAACCUCGAAGAUGGACUUGAACGAAUUCAAGUCGACGAUGCUGAAAGAAGACGAGGAAAUAUUUGAAGGCGAGUUCGAGGACGACGACGAGGACGAGCUCUCGUCACAGAUGUCCAUCCCAGAGGACAAUAUCGACUACAGCCUCGUCUACGCAUUGCACACUUUCUUAGCAACCGUAGAGGGCCAAGCGAGCGUCGUCCGCGGAGACAGCCUGGUGCUUCUCGACGACAGCAACGCUUACUGGUGGCUGAUCAGAGUUCUCAAAACCCAGGAAUUGGGCUACAUACCCGCAGAGAAUAUUGAAACGCCAGACGAGCGUCUUGCCAGGCUGAACAAGCACAGGAAUAUCGACAUCACAUCUGCAAAUCAUUCCGAUCUAUCACAUCAGCCUCCCUCUUCAGACACACACGCGCCGCUGAAGAUCAAGAAGCAGAAGAACAACGACGGUAAGGCGAGCCGCAACGUCGCAUUCACCGCUCCAUCCUACAGAGAACUCGUUUUAUACCCAGAAGAAAUCGCCCAGGCUGAGCAGGAGGCAGCACAGAGGGCUUUGGAAGAACAGGACAGCUACGACGAGGAGAGCGAUUCAGGCUCUGAAUUGAGCUCACAUGAUGCUUCACUCUCUUCUCAGUCACAUUCUGAGUCCUCUCACGGUCACCUCGUCGAUGAACAACAUCCAGCUGACAGCGAGAGCGAUAUCAUCGCUCCCGCAGCUGCAGCUAUCAACAGUAGCGAUCCACCCGUUGAUGCCUCCCAGAGACACAGUUAUGGCUCUUCAGCUGAUACCCACUCCUCAGAGAGCCUUGUACAAUACAUGCCAGAAGUCAAGAAGCACGAAGAUAACACAACUACCAAUUCAGGAAUUGAUAAAGAUGCUCAAAAUUCUACUGAUAUCAAUGAAAUUGCCUCAAAGACCGCUGAUGAAACAGUACCAAUACCUGAUCAAACAGUAGAAUCAGCACAGCCAGCACAAGCAACGCAACCAGCGCAAGCAGCCCAACCAGAUAUUGAGGGUUCCACUCAAGCUCCUUAUAAGCCCCUCCAAGCUGAUAUUCGCCCUCUUUCCUUCAACUCUACUACGUCAUCUGUUUACAGUUCAAAUAGCAACAAGAAUAUUACUAUACAACCUCCUCAAUUGAUUCAAUCACAACCAUCGGAUUCAUCACAUACACAAUCUACGCCUAACGUUAGCGUACAGAAUGAACACAAUGAUGACGAUCAGAAUACUACCUACCUUACAACUAACGCUUCACCUUUGUUAGACCCUGCAACUUCACCGACCAGGAAAGUUACUAUCACGCCGGACGUGGCUCAAAGUCCUGAUCCUAACUUAUUAAUGAACGGUUUAUCUUCACCUACGCAACAAAUAGCACAAAAUUACAAUCACAAGACAUCUUUCGAUGAUUUGAUGACAAUGGACAGUCAGUCAUCUGAAGGUGGUGGCUCACAGAAAACUUCAAUUUGGAAGAGCUCACCUUUGAUGUCCGACCGUGGUAAAGAUAAGAAACAAUCGAAGGAGGAUAAGAAGAAAGCCAAAAAGUUGCAGAAAGAAAGGUCAUCACAAAGUCUCAAUGAAAUGGCCUCAAAUGAUUCAAUUAAGAAGAAGGGCGGUGUAUUCGGUAAUCUUUUCAAGAAGAAAGAGAAGAAGUCUGUUGAUUCAACUGGUGAUGGCGUUGAUAGUAUCAAAUCAUCAGAUAGCUUCGCCGGUAGUGAUAACCUCAGUGAUAGUUUACACAAAUCUUCCAGCCAAGAUCACCUCAACGGUAGAACUAGCGUUGAAUCUAGAAAUAUUUCAUCACCUAUGGCCGUCAGACACUCACCGAAUACUUUCACGCCACUUGCUCCUAUCAGUCAUCCAUCACCUUCUAUACGACCAAGGAAUGAGUCACUUGCUAACUCUUCCUCACUCAAUGAUAUGAAACCAUCAACUUCAAAUAACUCCCUUACGGUAUCUCCAAAUGCAAGCAAAGGGUUGGAGACUCCUAGUCCUGCACUCUCACAGCAAUCCUGGACAAGUCCAAAUAAUAGCUUGAACGCUAGACCAGGGUCCUUGCUUGGUGUGAAACAUCUAAACGUCUUGAGAAUGUUCGCAGCUCCAUCCCUCAAAGCCGAGGCUACAUUCAAGACUGUCUUGCUUAAUGGAUCGACGACUGCUAAUGAGCUCGUUAAGCAGGCAAUGCAGAGAUUUAGACUCUCAGCUAGUGAAGAAGAAAGUGACUACUUUAUCACCAUCAAGGAGCAAGACAGCGGAAAUGAAACUGUUAUAGAACCAAGUCAAAAGCCAUUAGCGUUGUUUGAGAUUACGAAUCAUGCCUUGGCUAGCAAACAUCUCAGUGCACCAAAUAGUGAUCUUCCAAAGGUUAAGAGAAGCUCAGUUGGUAGUAUAAGUAGUAUAAGUAGCAAUUUGUCAGCUUUACCUGCUAUUUCGAAGCUUGGAUUGGGAGAUUAUAGUGAUGAUAGUGCCGUCAAGAUGUACAUACACUGUCGCAAAACUUCAUCAGUAGAUUUACAUGAUAACGAUGUCGAUGGUGAUGCUGAGGACGUCUAUGCUGGUUAUAUGAAUGAUCCGAGUGUAUCAUCACCAAUAUUUGAUGACUUCGAGGCAUCUAAAGAAGAUCAAGUGAAUCAUGAGAUCAAUGCAAGAAACAAUGCAUCCCUCUCCGCAAAAAAGAAGAGGGAAAGCCAUAUCCUUUCACAAUUGCAUCUUGAGAGUGAUAAAAUCAAUUUGAGUGUUUUGAUUAAUGGUAAAGAUGCGCCUGAAGGUGUAACGCUUGAUAAGAGUAUGAAGAGUACAAACGGAUUUUACGAGAAUAGAUUGACUAUACCAACCAAUUCAACCGUUGCUGAAGUCAUCGAGCAAGCUCUCAGUGGAUUCGGAAUUUACGAGGGAGUUGUCGAUGGUGGAGAUGAUGUUGACUUGCGCGUAGAUGGAAGAAAGAGCGCUGUCAAAUACCGCUUGGCUGUUAAGCCACUCAAUAAGAAAACAGUCGAUGCUCAUUCCAGCCUUAAUCCUAACAGCAGGGUUAUUGAUGCUAACAAGGAGAAUAUCCAGCUUUAUUCAGGUAGUGAAGCUUCAGAGAGCCAGGCUCAGCGACUCAGUUAUAGAGGUCAUCCAGAUAACGAAUUACAAUUUACCUUGAUUAAAGCUGACAAAUUGAGUCAUCAGAAUGAGGGUGCGAAUAUGGUCAAAGCUGCUGUAGAUGACAGCACAGAUGCCCCUUCAUUGGCUGAAAUCAUUGCUCGUCAGAGAUCUGAAAAGCAGCGCAGUAAAGGUGCCAUUAGUCCUAUUCCAUAUGAUGUUGCGGAUGCUGAUCGCGGUAUUGAAUCAACUGAUCAACAUGAGCAACACGAGAAAAUUGAUGAUACUGUUCAAACACCACGAGCAGAGUAUGCAAAUCAGGUCUUUUCACCUGCACCGUCAUCUUCCUCACACUCACAAUCAACCCCUCAGCAAACGGAAGAAACACCAAUACAAGCACCACGUUCAUUGGAUGACCACGAGAGUAGCGUGCAUAGUGAACACACAGUUGGUGAAGAAGGUGCUGUUUCUCAUAAACGUUCAACUUCGAAUACAUCCGAGCAAGUUGAAGAACUCGCAGAUGAGAAGGAAACGAAGGGAUUAGGAUUGAGAGAUAGUGACAGUAUGGAGAAUUAUCAAAUUGGAGAUUUCAUGCAUUCUCCGAAUACGACAGCGACAAAUAGCGUAGCUGAUAGGUCAAGUCAGGCAUCUUCGAUGAUGACAAGUUCGACAAACGAUCGUAUCACUUCUGGUGAAGGAUUUGACGAUCUCAUUGAAAGAAUCUGGCAGAGAGAGAAUCAAGAUGAUUCGAAUGGCUCCGAUGAUAAAGGACAUCACAAAGAUUUGAUUAGAAGCCAUAGCUCAUUUAGUCUGAGAACUGCUCAUACAGAUAUAUCAUCGUCUACGAUUUCUACAAUGAAUGGUCAAGAAUUUGCCGAUGCUAGAUCUACUCCGUUGUCCAGGCGUAGUAUGUCCAAUAGCAGUUUCAGCGAUGAUGACGAGAAAGCUAUUCGUGAUUUACAAUCUGCUCCUGUUAACCUUGAAGGUACGAAUAGCUCAACCGAUUCUCACGAGACAAACAAUAAAAACAAAUCAAACGAGACGAGUACCUCAAAGGAAAUAAAGAUGAAUGACAGCAGAAGAAGCGUUGAUAGUAGCGAUAACAGAAGCAGCAUAGCAAAGAAUAAUAUGACCUUCGGAGAGACUACAAAGGAGAAGCCAGAAAGCGGCGCACCAGUACAAACGAACAGAGGAAGCGUUGACAGCAGCGACAGUAGAAGCAGCAUUGCAAAGAAUAGCAUCAUGAGCAUUGGCGAGAGUACAAAGGAAAGCGCAAAAACCAUACCACCAACACAGGUUAACAGAAGGAGCGUUGAUAGCAGCGACAGUAGAAGCAGCAUUUCAAAGAAUAACAUCAUGAGCACUGGCGAGAGUACGAAGGAAAAUACAGAAAGCAUACCACCAGUACAGAUGAACAGGGGAAGCGUCGAUAGUAGCGAUAGCAGAAGCAGCAUUUCAAAGAGUAACAUCUUGAACCUCGGAGAGAAUGCAAAGGAAAACACGGAGACCGUACCACAAAUACAGAUGAGAAGACAGUCAGCGUCGACGACAUCCUCAAAUAGUGAAUCUGGUAGACGUUCAAACACGCCUUCUACAAUAGCGACAACGAAUCCAACUCCACCGUCCAUUCUCUUCCAUGGCAAUAAUGCUAUCACGAAUGGGGCAGCAUCCACUGAUGAAAGUCACGAGAAUACCUACGAGAAUAUGAGAACUGUAGCAAGCUCAGCUAGUUCACGUUCAUCGAUUUCUACCCCAAAUCAGUCAACUCCAGCAACAGGCGGUGCAGUUAAUACAACGAAUAGAUUGACUCACGUUGAGAAUAUGGUACAAAGUAUUAAUAUCAAGCAUCUGCUUACUUUGUCUCAACAUGCUAGACGACAACAAGCUCCAAAGACGCCAAGGAAGGGCGACUACGUCGACCAAACGUGGUUUGCGAAAUCUAAUCAUGAUCCUAUCUAUGAUAGUGUUAGAAAUGAUUUAGAUGGAAUUGAAGGUGAACUUGAUAGACUCCUCCAACAGACCUUAGCCAUGUGAACAUCUGAACGUAAAUUGUAAUGUUCCCGAAAGAACCAUAGAAAGUGUAACAACUGUAGAAUGAUUAUCUUGA